GGCCCGGAGCCGCCCGCCCGCCGCCCGCCGCCCGCCGCCCCCAGCCUGCGCCGCGGCCGCCCGGAAGCCCGUCGGCCCUCCGCGCUCGGGGCCGUCGGCGCCCGCGCCCGCCUGGGCUGCGCGCAAACUUCCCGGGCCGGCGGGCGGCGGCGGCGGGGCCCGAAUGGGCGCCCGGGCCGGCGGCGGCGGCGCCCAUGGACGCUAACCGCCCGGGCGCGUUCGUGCUGAGCAGCGCUCCCCUGGCCGCGCUGCACAACAUGGCCGAGAUGAAGACGUCGUUGUUUCCGUACGCGCUGCAGGGGCCCGCCGGCUUCAAAGCACCCGCGCUGGGCGGCCUGGGCGCACAGCUGCCGCUCGGCACCCCGCACGGCAUCAGCGACAUCCUGGGCCGCCCCGUGGGCGCGGCGGGCGGCGGCCUCCUGGGUGGCCUGCCCCGCCUCAACGGGCUGGCUUCGUCGGCCAGCGUCUACUUCGGUCCCGCGGCCGCCGUGGCGCGCGGCUACCCGAAGCCGCUGGCCGAGCUGCCCGGGCGCCCGCCCAUCUUCUGGCCCGGCGUGGUGCAGGGUUCGCCCUGGAGGGACCCGCGGCUGGCCGGCCCCGCCCCGGACAAGGACGGGAAGAAGAAGCAUUCGCGGCCGACCUUCUCGGGGCAGCAGAUCUUCGCGCUGGAGAAGACUUUCGAGCAGACCAAAUACCUGGCGGGCCCCGAGCGCGCGCGCCUCGCCUACUCCCUGGGCAUGACCGAGAGCCAGGUGAAGGUGUGGUUCCAGAACCGCCGGACCAAGUGGCGCAAGCGGCACGCGGCGGAGAUGGCCUCGGCCAAGAAGCAGCGGGACUCGGACGCCGAGAAGCUGCAAGCGGGCGGCUCGGACGCGGAGGACGACGACGAGUACAACCGGCCGCUGGACCCCGACUCGGACGCCGACAAGAUCACGCGACUGCUCAGGAAGCACAAGGCCUCGAACUUGGCGUUGGUCAGCCCGUGCCCGGGGGACGCUGUGUGAGGGCGGUGUGCGUGCACCGCCCCUGCUUCCUGGAAGCGAGUCCGGGCACCCCGCGCGCGGGCGGCAUCUCUUUGUGGAAUCAAUAAAUUAUUGCACACGCCCCCAGCGGAGCCGUGCCUCCCGA